AUGACUCGCAUCUCUCCCACCGUGCUGGCGGCCGUCAUGCUGGCCAUGACCGGUCUGCUGGUCGCCGAGCCGGCCUCGGCUUCGCCCGUCGCCGUCGAGCCCAUGAAGAUCGAAGCCGACCAGGGCCACUUCAAGCGCGCAGAGCCGGUCGACGUCGUUAUGCUCGAAAAGCGAUUGCUGCCCCUGGGCGCCAAUGCGGACGCCCAUGUCGGCGUUGGCGCCAGUCCAUUCGGCUAUCCUUACGGCGACUAUCCGUACGGCUCGCCCUAUGGCUACCCUUACGGCAACCCCUACGGAUAUCCUUAUCAGUACCGUCAGCCGUACCCUUACCCUCGCCCUUACUAUCACAAGCGCGAUGUCGAAACAGCUGAAGCUCAACAGCCCGAGAAGCGCAAACUGCCUGGUCAACCAGCUCCCCCGCCCCCUGGAGGCGCUUUCGCUGGUGCUGGCGCUGACGUUGGUGGUGGUGCCGGUGUCGGCCUUGAUGGCGCCGUCAUUGGCGCUGGUGGUGCAGCUGGCGCUGGCGCUGGCUGGAUCCUGCCUCCUCCCCCUCCUCCUGCUGCUCACAAGCAGCCUGGACACCAGGAACACCCCCACAAUCACGAUCAGCCUCAGCACCAUGAGCACCCUCAACACCAGGAGCAUCACGGUCAGGCCCCCUACUAUGGCUAUCCUUACGGCCCUGGAAGCUGGACUGGUGCAGGAGGCAUUGUCGGCGGCGGUGCUGGCGUUGGACCUGGUGGUGGCUUCAUCGGAGCUGGUGCCGCCGCCGGUGGUGGUGCUGGCUGGGACCUACCUCCUCCUGCUCACCAGCACCAAAGACGCUUGCUCGGAGCCAACGCUGGAGCUAACGUGGGCGUCGGCGGUGGCCUUGACCCGUACGGCGGCCCUGGUGCUGGCGUUGGCGUUGGUGCCAAUGUUGGGGGCGGCCUCGGCUUUGACCCUUACGGUCCCGGUGUCGGUGUAGGUGUGGGUGGUAGCGUCGACGGUGGCCUUGGCUGGGAUGGUCCUUACGGUCCUGGUGGCUACGGUGGUCCUGGCGGCCCUGGCUGGAGUGGCCCUGGUGCUCCCUAUGGUCCUGAUGGCAGUGACGCCCCUCCUCAGAGCAACAUCAAGCCUCUUGGCGGCGGACAUGGCCCUGUGAGCCAUCACCACGGUGCUGGCGGCGAUGGCGGUGAUGGCGGCCCUGGUGCCGGUGGUCGCGGCGGUGCUGGUGGAAGGCCCGGAAGUGAUGGCAACGACGGACCUGAUGGUCCAUCUGGCCCUUCUGGCGCUGCUUCUUCUCCUCCUUCACCCGCCGCUCCUCAUCAUCGCCACGACAGCGGUCACGGACAGCCUUGGAGCGCUCCCCCUCAAAAACAUGGCUCGCCCGAGGGCUACGGUAAUGGUCCCGCUCACAAAGGCGACGGUGGUCGAGGCGGAAAUGGUGGAAAUGGCGGCAGUGGUGGCCAUGGUAGCGGCCACAGUGGAAAUGGUGGUCACGGCGGAAACGGUGGCAAUGGCGGGGCCGGUGGACCUGGCGCUCCGGGCGGCAAUGGCGGUAACGGAGGCAACGGUGGUAAUGGUGGCAAUGGCGGCCCUACAGGGUCGUGCGAGAAGUGA